AUGGUCUUUAGCUCACCGCAGAGCAUCCUCAAGACAGGCUCCUUCUCUGGCUUCCACGAAUUUCAGGGUCAACUUGGUAGUGGAUAUCUCACUGCGGAUAAAUCAAGAUCACAGCCAUUAUGCGGUAACAAGGAGGGAUGGGGUCCUUUGAGUCCUCAUCGAUAUGACUUUACGCCGUGUUUUAUGGAUGUUUGGGUGAGCUCUGUGGCGGCUUUUGGAAUAUUGGGAGGUGCUAUAGCCAUAUGGUGGCUUUUGAGAAAGAAGACGCAGGCUGAGGUCAAAAAAGAUUGGCACUUCUGGCUCAAGCAGGCCAUCAUUAUAGGAAUCGCAACCACAGUCACAGUGCAACUCGUUAUACAAAUACUUGCCUAUCCUGAUGUGUGGGCGGGCGAUUUUCGAUUUUGGACCAGUCUUCUACAAAUCGCAUCCCUUGGUGUUGUGUUUAGCAUACAAUGGCUCGAGCAUACCCGAUUGCGGAAUCCAAACGGCGUUGUACUCUUUUACUGGCUCUUUCUCAACAUCGCAUACGGAGUUAAGCUACGAUCAUUGAUAUCCCAACAAAUAUACCACGAGCAUCUUCCAUACUUUAUUGCAUAUUGUGUUAGCCUUGGGUUAUCGUUGAUUGAAUUUGGCUUGGAGUGGCUUGUGCCAAAGAAACAAAGUGUAUAUUCGGCAUUGGAGGAUGAAGACGAAUGUCCUAUCGAGUAUGCUACCGUGUUUUCGAUCCUCACGUUCGGUUGGAUGACUCCUAUGAUGAAGCACGGCUACAAAAAAUAUUUGACAGAGGAUGAUCUAUGGAACUUGGCCAAAAGGGACACCACGAAGUCAUGCAGCGAGACAUUCCAGGACGCUUGGGAAUAUGAAAUUGAACAUAAGAAGAACCCGUCUCUUUGGAUCGCCAUCUUUAGAUCUUUUAGUGGACCAUAUUUCCGCGGCGCUCUUUUCAAGACAGUCAGUGACUCGCUCGCCUUUGUACAGCCACAGCUUUUGAAGCUGUUGAUCGUAUGGGUCAAGUCAUAUUCGAGCGAUGAACCCCAGCCUGUAAUUCGAGGAGCAGCGAUAGCUCUGGCCAUGUUCUCUGUUUCUUUGGGACAAACUAUGGCUCUGCAUCAAUACUUCCAGAGAGCGUUCGAAACUGGUAUGCGUAUCAAGACUGCCUUAACGGCAGCAAUCUACGGAAAGUCACUUAAGCUAUCGAACGAAGGAAGAGCUAGCAAAUCUACUGGAGAUAUUGUCAACUAUAUGGCUGUUGACACUCAAAGAUUACAAGACCUUACCCAAUACGGGCAACAAUUGUGGUCUGCUCCAUAUCAGAUCAUUCUCUGCAUGAUAUCCUUAUAUCAACUAGUCGGAUUGUCGAUGCUGGCUGGUGUUGCCGCCAUGAUUAUAAUGAUUCCCAUCAACGGUAUAAUCGCUCGUCUAAUGAAAAAGUUACAACAAGAGCAGAUGAAAAACAAGGAUUCUCGAACAAGAUUGAUUGCGGAAAUCAUCAACAAUAUGAAGAGCAUCAAGCUUUAUGCUUGGAGUUCCGCCUUCAUGGCUAAGUUGAACGUUGUAAGAAACGACCAGGAACUGAAAACUCUACGAAAGAUUGGUGCUGCUCAAUCAGUUGCCAAUUUUACCUGGUCUACUACGCCAUUCUUGGUUUCUUGUUCGACAUUCGCUGUCUUCGUGCUGACCACUGACACUCCACUAACCACAGAUAUCGUUUUUCCUACCUUGACGUUACUCAAUCUCUUGACAUUCCCACUGGCAAUACUUCCAAUGGUCAUUACCUCCAUUAUUGAGGCUUCCGUCGCCGUUAAGCGCCUGACGUCUUUCUUCACAGCCGAAGAGCUACAGCCUGAUGCUGUCAUUUUGAAGGAUGCCAUUGAGGAAGAUGGCGAAGAGUCUCUCACGAUUCGAGAUGCAUCUUUUUCAUGGGACAGAAACUCUGAUCGCAAUGUCUUGCAAGACAUUCACUUUUCUGCACAUAAAGGGGAGCUUACUUGUGUUGUGGGUCGUGUUGGAGCGGGAAAGUCAUCUUUUCUACAAGCACUUCUUGGCGAUCUAUGGAAAGUAAAGGGACAGGUCGUGGUUCAUGGGAAAACAGCUUAUGUAGCACAGCAGUCAUGGGUGAUGAACGCCAGUGUCAAGGAAAAUAUCCUCUUUGGCCACCGUUUUGACCCUAACUUUUACGAGAAGACUGUUGCGGCCUGUGCACUUACGGAAGAUUUUGCUCAAUUGCCAGAUGGUGAUGAAACCGAAGUAGGAGAGCGUGGCAUCUCCUUAAGUGGAGGCCAAAAAGCACGACUGACUUUGGCCAGAGCGGUUUACGCUAGAGCUGAUGUUUAUCUACUUGACGAUUGUUUAUCCGCAGUUGAUGCGCACGUUGGCAGGCAUUUGAUCGAUAAUGUUUUUGGUCCAACUGGGUUACUCAGUGGAAAGACUAGAAUUCUUGCUACAAAUUCCAUUCCGGUUCUUAAAGAGGCAAAUCUCAUUUGCUUGAUUCGAGAUACCAGAAUCAUUGAGCGCGGUACAUAUGACCAGGCCAUUGCUAGAAGAGGGGAAAUUGCAAACCUGAUCAACACAUCCGAGAACAAGGAUGUGUCCACAGAUUCUGAAACUACUGAGACUAGCGAUUCAUCAACCAUACUUGAAUUUGACCAGCCUGGCGAGGAGGAAGAAAAGGACGAGGCCGAAGAAGCGCAAGAACAUCUAACACAAUUUCAAUCUAUUAGACCUGGAGGAUCAGGCGUCAAAAAGAGGAAGGAAAGCUCUAAUACCCUAAGACGUGCCAGCACAGUCAGUUUCAGAGGCCCCCGAGGUAAACUUCGUGAUGAAGAAGAACCUUCGAAAACCAAGCAAGGCAAGGAACAUUCUGAACAAGGAAAGGUCAAAUGGGAUGUGUACGCUGAAUAUGCUAAGACUAGUAAUCUUGCAGCAGUCUUGAUUUACUUGGCCAUGCUAGUUGGUGCACAAACGGCACAAAUCAGCGGUAGCGUAUGGCUCAAAAAUUGGGCUGAGGCUAACGACAAACAUGGUGUCAACCUGAAUGUUGGCAAGUAUAUUGGUGUAUACUUUGCGUUUGGCAUUGGAUCUGCCGCUCUCGUGGUUGUCCAAACCUUGAUCUUGUGGAUCUUCUGUUCUAUCGAGGCUUCGAGGAAACUUCACGAACGAAUGGCUUUUGCCAUUUUCCGAUCCCCAAUGUCCUUUUUCGAAACUACUCCUGCUGGUCGAAUUCUUAAUCGCUUCUCAAGUGAUGUUUAUCGGAUAGAUGAAGUACUUGCGAGGACUUUCAAUAUGCUGUUCGUCAACACUGCACGGGCAUUGUUUACCCUUGUCGUCAUUUCCGUCGCUACCCCGGCCUUUAUCGCUAUGAUCAUUCCGUUGUCAGGCGUGUAUUACUGGGUGCAGCGCUAUUAUCUCCGCACUUCUCGUGAGCUGAAGCGCUUGGAUAGUGUCAGCCGAAGUCCAAUUUACGCCCACUUCCAGGAGUCCCUUGGAGGCAUCGGUACCAUCCGAGCUUAUCGUCAGCAGAAACGAUUCACACAGGAAAAUGAAUGGAGAGUAGACGCUAAUCUGAGAGCUUACUUCCCAUCCAUCAAUGCUAACCGAUGGCUUGCCGUGAGACUCGAAUUCCUCGGCUCCCUCAUCAUCUUAGCCGCCGUCAGCUUCUCCGUCGUGAGUGUAAGUACUGGAGGAGGCUUGACUUCCGGUUUUGUCGGACUGGCGAUAUCAUAUGCUCUUCAAAUCACACAAUCCUUGAAUUGGAUUGUUCGUCAAACCGUUGAAGUGGAAACAAACAUCGUGUCCGUUGAACGUGUUCUCGAGUAUGCUCGAUUGCCGAGCGAAGCUCCAGAAGUGAUCCACAGACAUCGUCCACCGAUCAGUUGGCCUGCCUCGGGUGGAGUAAACUUCAAUAACUACAGCACGCGAUACCGCGAAGGCUUAGACCUCGUGCUAAAAAAUAUCACUCUCGACAUUAAGCCACACGAAAAGAUUGGAGUCGUUGGUCGGACGGGUGCAGGAAAGUCUAGUUUGACAUUAGCUCUAUUUCGAAUCAUCGAGCCGAGCGGGGGUAAUAUCAGCAUUGAUGCAUUGAACACGUCAACAAUAGGGCUACUCGACUUGAGACGCCGACUGGCGAUCAUACCCCAAGAUGCGGCUCUGUUCGAAGGAACAAUCCGUGAUAAUCUUGAUCCAGGUCAUGUACAUGAUGAUACAGAGUUGUGGAGCGUACUAGAACAUGCAAGGCUAAAAGAUCACGUCUCGACUAUGAAUGGUGGUUUGGAAGCCAAAAUUCAAGAAGGUGGAUCCAAUCUUUCCCAAGGCCAACGACAACUCGUCUCCCUCGCACGAGCACUCCUCACACCAUCCAAUAUCUUGGUCCUAGACGAAGCCACAGCAGCGGUCGAUGUGGAAACGGAUGCCCUUUUGCAGACGACACUAAGGAGCUCAUUGUUUUCUAAACGCACGAUUAUCACGAUUGCGCAUCGCAUUAAUACGAUUUUGGAUAGUGAUCGCAUUGUAGUGUUGGAACAAGGGCAGGUGAAGGAAUUUGAUAGUCCAAGGAGAUUGAUGGAGAAGAGGGGCCUGUUUUGGAAGUUGGUGAGAGAGGCGGGGUUGGAGGGGAGUAGAGGGAUGGAUGGUAGUAUGGAUAAGAUGGAUGAGAUGGGUGGGGAUGGGAAUGGGAAUGAAUGGAUGGAUGAGAAUGGGAAUGGGAAUGGGAAUGGGAAUGGGAAUGGGAAUGGGAAUGGGAAUGGGAAUGGGAAUGGGAAUGGGAAUGGGAAUGGGAAUGGGAAUGGGAAUGGGAAUGGGAAUGGGAAUGGGAAUGGGAAUGGAUGA